AUGGUAUAUGUGGGUCUUAUGGAGUCUACUCCACCCAAGGAAGCAUUCAUUCAUGCAGUUGUGUGCAUGGCUUCCACCCAAGAAAUGCUACUACUUGGAGACUGCCCCUCCAUCAAUGGCACCACAGAGAAUUUCCUCCAAGUCAGUGAUAAGUCCUUGUCUGAUCAAGAAGUUGUUCAAUAUACCCAAGAGUCUACUCUACAAGGAUGCAAAACUGCUUGUCUCAACAAUUGUUCCUGCAUGGCCUUUGCUUUCACUGAUUCAAAUUCUGCUGUUUGUAAAUUGUGGUUUGGCGAUUUGUUAGGCAUGCAGGCUACUUCUUCUGACAGCCAGCCCUUCUUCAUUCGAUUGGCUGCUUAUGAUCUGCCACCCAAUAGUAACAAAGGAAGAAGCAGCAGGGUAAUUGUGCUCUCCAUUUCAAUUCUGUUGGGUGUUGCUAUUUUGAGUAGUCUGUUCAUUGGCGCAUGGCUUAUUCAUCGCAGGCGUAGGAGACUGCUUCAGAAGAAUGUCAAGGAGUACGACACUCCAACAUCGCUCACAACAUUCACCUACAAAGAGCUCAAAAUUGCAAGUAAUAAUUUCGCCCAUAAGCUUGGAAAGGGAGCAUUUGGCUUUGUCUACAAAGCAACCCUGCCAAACAAUACCCUUGUGGCAGUGAAAAAAUUAGAGGGUUCUGCACAAGCAGAAAAGCAAUUCCGUGCAGAAAUAAGUACCAUCGGAAACAUACAUCAUGUGAAUUUGGUGAGGCUCCGGGGAUUCUGUGUAGAUGAAUCUCAUAGAAUGCUUGUUUAUGACUACAUGCAAAAUGGGUCUCUCAACUCUUUCUUGUCCGGCAAGACCAGAGAAGCAGACAAGGUGUUGGAUUGGAAUACCAGAUUUCAGAUCGCUUUAGGCACUGCAAGAGGGUUACUCUAUCCUCAUGAAGAAUGCAAAGAUCGCAUCAUCCAUUGCGAUAUCAAGCUAGAAAAUAUUCUUCUAGAUGUUGAUUUCUCUCCAAAAGCAGACCAAAGCUUGUUGGCAGAGAUUUCAGUAGAGUGCUGA